CUCUUCUUUCACUACUAACAUGGCAAAGAAGGACAAGGCCAAGGCCAAAGACAAGGGCAAGGGCAAAGACAAGGGCAAAGGCAAGGGCAAGAGCUCCAAGGAAGGCAAGUCAUCGCGAGGUGAUGCUUCAGAGAUCGGCUCCAUGGCCGAGUCCAACUACGAUGUUGAGUACACCGACGCCAAGGCCGAGCGCCUCUACCAUAAGGCCUGCGAGUUUGAGGCCGACGGCGAUCUCAAGAACGCGCAGCGGACCAUGGAGGACUGUGUGGCGCGCAACCGUGACUACGCCAAGUAUUUCCAGAAGCUUGGCAAUCUUCGCAUGCAGCGCGGCCUCGCCGCCGGCGGCAAGAGCAGCGACAAGGGCUACGCCCUGCUCAAGGCUGCUUACAAGGAUCUCCGAAAGGCUGUUGAGCUCAACCCAACCUUCUCCGCACUUGGUGACCACGCGCUCCUUCACAUGCACCUCAACGCCCUCAAGCGCGCCGCCGUAUUCUACGAGCUGGCCAUCGACGAGGCCCUCGCCCACAACAUCGAGGCCGAUGCAAACACCUACGAAAUCCUUGGUGACGGCCUUCGCCGCGCCCGUUACAAGCUGCAGUAUGACGUCUCCAUGCCCGAGGAGGAGAGCAAUGCUGAUGGAGACACGGGCAAGGGUAAGGGCAAGGAUAAGAACAAGAACAAGAGCAAGAGCAAGAGCAAGAGCAAAGGCAAGUCCAAGUCCAAAUCCAAGUCCAAGGACUCGUCGUCGUCCUAAACUCCCGCACUACAGGCAUUUACGGUGGAUGAUGUUGGGCCCGCACUCGGCGUACGCAAUCUUGGUCACGCACAUCUUCUUAAACACACCGACGGUG